AUGGAGGCCCUUAAAGAGAUGGUGACAUCAUUCCCAGGAGAAGGUGAGUGGCAAACCAAAUCAUGAGACCGCCUUCAAACAACUAUGAGUGGGAAGUUAAUCAGGAGGCCAGAUGGUUCUGGGGAAUUUUAUUUAAUGCCACCUCAUUGAGUGUAAAUGUUUCAAUUUAUAAAUAACCAAAACAAUCCUUAAUACAGAAAAAAAAGAGGAAAAGACACCACAAAAACCACAAAGACAUGAUUAUUUCACUACAGAUAUGAGAAACUAGACUGUGGGGGAAAUACCAGGGAAAUGUUUCAUACUAUUUACAGCAUGGUAUGAUUUGGUAUAAUACCUCAUACAUGGACUUCACAAGAUGUUUACCGGUGAUAAUUGAUAAUUAUUCUCAUAAUGGUUCAUCAGGAUAUCUGGUGAACUAAAGAAUAAACAAGUACUUUAAAAGGCACAGUUCAGGAUGAAUGUUGUUCGUGCCACCAUAAGAAACUAUAAAGUAGAGUGACACAAAAAGGUUAUUCAUAUUUCACAGUGCAUUUCUGCAGCCUUAACAGUGUGCUGUCUCUCUCAGAGACCACAUCUGAGUCUGUGCAGUGGGAAAACCUGCCGUGGAUUCGGAUCGGACUGAUCGCCGGAGUCUUACUGGUCACAGCCAUCGUCCUGUGUGUCCUAAAAUCUCUGCAGAAAAUCUAA